GUGCACACUUUAUAUGAAACAAUUAGAAGAUUACAUAUGCACAUAUUAUUCAGGAAGGAAACAAUGAGGAGAUUAAAUAUGCCCCAGGACAACUAUUGAUUGCUAGCGUCCAAUGCUUAUUAUGGAAAGCGCAACUAAAGUGUUAAACACAGGAAUAGUGAAUGUUCUUGCUUCAAAUGUAUCAAACAACACAGGUUUAUUAUUCCCACAUUUUAAAUUGAAGGGUACUGCUAAAACAGGGAGAAGAGCCCAGCAGAAAUCAGCAAAUCCACCAGAUGCUCCUGAUUUUGAAGCUAGUGUAGAAAAUUCACCAAAGGUACCAAAGUCCAGACAGCCUGCUGGAAGACAAGAACCUGAUGAGCCACCAAAGCCCUCAAGAGUGUCUGGAUGGGGUGAAGAUAAUCCUCGUAAAAGUCGGAAACUUGGUGAAGGAUUUGAAAACAUUGAAGAUGAUGUACUAGCAGAUAUUGACGAUAUUGUUGGUGAGAGAUUAAGACCUAGAACUCCUGAAGAUGAUAAUGAAUCUGAUACAGAUAUACCUGUUAUACCAGACCUAGAAGAACAACAAGAUGAUGAUAUGACAGUCAAAGUAGCUAUAGCUCCAAAUGUUGCAGUAAACAGAGUUGCAACCUACAGAGAACUUGAUAAUGACCUUUUAAGACAAGCAGCUUUUACAACUCUGGAUAAUGAUAUAGAUCUUAAGUUACUGACUAAGAAUUUAUCUACAGAAGCAGAUUUAAUAGAGGAGGACAAGCCUUGGGACUGGGACAGACUAUUUACAGAAGUGACGUCAGAAUUGUUAUCACAACUAGACAAUACAGAAGAAACAAGUGAUAACCAGGAAAUCAAUCAAACUGUGUGAUAUUGUUGUUAUUUUUUUAUUAUUAUUUAUAUUAUUAUUUUUAAUGAGAAGGCAUUGGAAAAAUAAUGGAAGGGACUAAAAUUCAAAAAUCACGAUCAUGUGAUAUUGAAAAUUUCCACAACUUUCCUAAUUUAAAUAUAAUUCUGUAAAGAAAUUGGUUUGUGGUAAAAUGUCACUGAUUGUUGUGUGGAGAUUCUUUGAAGAGAAGAUUUAGAUAACAUGUCAUGUAACAUUUUAACAGAAACUCUUCUUGUUAGAUCCGUCCAACAUAAUAUUUUCAUGUACUACAACAAUAAAUUCAUAUGAUACUGUAUAA